AUGGAGAGCCUCCUCAACAACUUCAGCUCCCCCUCCACCUCUGUUCCUCUCUUCCCCUCCCGGAGCACUGACCCUGCUAAUUGCAGUGCCUGGGACAACCACAUGGGGGCGUCGUACCUGCACCGGCUGGCGCACCUGGACAUCCAGCUGUACCGGGACUUCUAUGCUGUCUGGGUUUCUCUCAUGGUGUGUAACUGUGUGAUGCUGGUGGUGGGCGUGGUGCUCAACAGCCUGGCCCUCUAUGUGUUCUGUGGGCCCUCGUCUCACCCCUCGGCCCCCGUCACGUACACCAUAAACCUGGCGGUGUCCGACCUGCUGGUGGCGCUGUCGCUGCCUGCCCGCAUCGCCCUGUACCACAGUGGCGGCAGCUGUGUGGCCUGCUCCUACAUCCACACCUUCAGCUACUUCGUCAACAUGUACUGCAGCAUCCUGUUUCUGACCAGUAUCUGUAUAGAUCGGUACCUGGCUGUGGUCCAUGCGUCCAGUACUCUGCAUCGCUGGAGGACGAGAGGGGCGGCCCGGUGUGUCAGCGCCACCGUGUGGUUCAUCGCUGUGGUGGUCACCUACUCCUUCCAGACCAUGGCGUUGGAGUUCAGCUCCUCCUGCGUCCUGCUCCCUGCCCUCUUCUACCUCACCAUCCUGGAGUUUCUGCUGCCGCUGCUGGCCGUGGUGGGCUUCACCCUGCGCGUGGCCUGCUUCCUCUCCACCAGCCACGGCCCGAUGCCCCAGCAGAGCAGGGCGAGGAGGGCACGUGCCGUCUGGCUGCUGGCCGCCGUCCUGGUGGUCUUCACCGUCUGCUUCUCACCAUUUCACAUCUGGCAGGUGCUGGUUUACUUCCGGGACAAGGUGGGAGGAGAGGUGCUCAGGCAGGGGGUGGGGCACGUGCUGGCCUAUCACAUUACAGUCACCCUGAGCAGCCUGAACAGCUGCCUGGACCCUGUCGUUUACUGCUUUGUGACGGACAGCUUCAGACGGGCUUGGAGGAGGAGGAGGGGAGUGAGAGAGGGGGAGGGAGAAGUGGGGAAGACAAGUGCAGGAGAAGGGGAGAGGAUUUCGGUGAAUAAUAAGUGUUCGGGCACGGCGUUGGCAAUAGCUCACAGUGUGGCCACUCUCACCCUCACCACCAACGCACCCCACUCAGGGAGACAGGGAGUCUAA